AUGUGGGACCGAACGGCCUGCGCCGCACCCUCACGGUCUUACGAACACCACCAUAUCUACAAACUUCUUCAGAUCCGUACGUCCGUGCUGGGCCGAGCACAUUCGACGACCAAGAUGGAGAAAAGACACGGCUCGCCAAGUACGGCUGGCAUCGGAUUGAUGCCCAACACUCGAACCGGCGAUCCAUGGGCUGGCCAGCUCAAGUAUAGUCAAGGAAUGACCGCGACCAUCUCGAUCAUCAUCCUGCUCUAUGCAGCUGCCUCGUUGCGGUCACGGUGGCGACGCUCAUCAAAAUACGAACAGGCGUCGAGCUCCGGCGGACUCACCCGACCCGUCGCGGCCCUGCGCAUGCUGUCCUAUCGACACCUACCCUCGUAUCGGUUGGGACUCAUCAACUUUCGGUUACCCGUGCUGGGAGCUACGUUGGCACUCGGCGCUUUCAUGCUCGGCUUCACCAUCUGGACUUUCGUGGUGCAACCUUACUAUCGAGUCGACCGCAGUUUCGGAAGCCCGCCUCUCGCUCUGCGCGCAGGUAUGCUGGCACUCGGCCUGAUGCCGUUCAUCUUCACGCUCGGCUCCAAGGUCAAUUUCAUCUCUCUGCUCACCGGCGUCAGUCACGAGAAGCUUCAAGUCUACCAUCAGUGGCUUGCCCGAUUCAUGCUGUUCCUUUCCACGGUCCACGUCGUCCCUUUCAUCUAUCAGCCCUUGGCCGAUUCCGGUGCUGCAGGAUUGCGAGAAGAGUUCUUUUCGGACAGCAUCAACACUACCGGCGUUAUCGCUUACGCGUGUUUGUUCGUGCUCUCCUUUGCGAGCCUUACGGGUAUCCGAGAGAGAUGCUACGAGCUGUUCCUGCUCAUACACGUCCCCGUGGCGAUCCUCUUCCUGGGCUACAUGUUCGUGCACUGCCAGGCACUGCUCACCUCGUGGAGGUACCUGUGGGCCACCGCCGCCCUCUACAUGCUCUCGGUCUUUUUGCGCUUCGCCACGCAGUUGCAGCAGAACAGCUUCCUCUCACUCGCAAGGUGCCGAGUCGAGGCCUUUCCCGGCGGACUUGCAAAGAUGACGGUUCAGUCGCCAAUGCGUUGGCGCGCCGGGCAACACGUCUUUGUACGCUUCCCUGGACUUGCGCCGCUCUCGGCACAUCCGUUCACCAUCAUUUCGAUGCCAUCGGCGGAUGAACAGCAGCUCGUAUCUACGGUCGUCUUGAUGGCCAAGGCUCGCAGUGGCCUCACAAAGCAUCUCUACGAUCGGGCACUGCAAAGUCAAAGUCAGCAUAUCGCCGGCGGUUCAAGCGGACUAGACCUUAGAGCAGUGCUUGACGGCCCCUACGGACAGGAUGCUAGCGUAGCCACGUAUCGACACGCCCUGUUCCUGGCCGGUGGCAGCGGCAUCACUUUUGUGCUCGCAUCACUCCUCGAACUGUCUUGGCUAUGGCAACAAAAGACAGCGACCACACGGCGCGUUCACCUCGUCUGGUCUAUGCGCGAUGCACAAGCGCUCGACUGGGCUCGUCAGCACCUCGUCACCAUCGCUGCGCUUGCCCCUCCCGGUGCGCUCAACGUGACGAUCUACAUUAGCGGGAAAGACGAAGCCCCAAGAGAUCUCGGCUUGCCAGCAGACUGGGAAAUUCAAUGGGGCACACGUCCUGCAGCCGCGUCUGCGGUGUCGGAUUUCAUCCGGGGCGCGUCCAAUCUCGUGCAUGUAGAAGCAGACGUCGAGAAGGCGCACUCAGACAGCUCGAGCGCUGCGCCACAGCCUGAUGAAGAUUACGCCUCUGCGGCUGUGGUCGUAUGUGGUCCUACUGGCAUGGUGAAGGACGCAUCGAAUGCAGUUGCAGCUCUCCAGAGCGAGAUCCUUCGUGGCAAGCUGGCUGGCCUCGACAACGUCUCGCUCAUCACCGAGCAUUUCGGUUUUUAG